AUGCUCUCCAGUAGAGGGGAAGGCGGGGACUGUGAGCUAGCACUCGACCCACCAAGAACUACCAGCAACAGUAGAGGGGAAGGCGGGGACUGUGAGCUAGCACUCGACCCACCAAGAACUACCAGCAACAGUAGAGGGGAAGGCGGGGACUGUGAGCUAGCACUCGACCCACCAAGAACUACCAGCAACAGUAGAGGGGAAGGCGGGGACUGUGAGCUAGCACUCGACCCACCAAGAACUACCAGCAACAGUAGAGGGGAAGGCGGGGACUGUGAGCUAGCACUCGACCCCCCAAGAACUACCAGCAACAGUAGAGGGGAAGGCGGGGACUGUGAGCUAGCACUCGACCCACCAAGAACUACCAGCAACAGUAGAGGGGAAGGCGGGGACUGUGAGCUAGCACUCGACCCACCAAGAACUACCAGCAACAGUAGAGGGGAAGGCGGGGACUGUGAGCUAGCACUCGACCCACCAAGAACUACCAGCAACAGUAGAGGGGAAGGCGGGGACUGUGAGCUAGCACUCGACCCACCAAGAACUACCAGCAACAGUAGAGGGGAAGGCGGGGACUGUGAGCUAGCACUCGACCCACCAAGAACUACCAGCAACAGUAGAGGGGAAGGCGGGGACUGUGAGCUAGCACUCGACCCACCAAGAACUACCAGCAACAGUAGAGGGGAAGGCGGGGACUGUGAGCUAGCACUCGACCCACCAAGAACUACCAGCAACAGUAGAGGGGAAGGCGGGGACUGUGAGCUAGCACUCGACCCACCAAGAACUACCAGCAACAGUAGAGGGGAAGGCGGGGACUGUGAGCUAGCACUCGACCCACCAAGAACUACCAGCAACAGUAGAGGGGAAGGCGGGGACUGUGAGCUAGCACUCGACCCACCAAGAACUACCAGCAACAAGAUGCCAAUAAUUUAA